CCAAAACUAAAACACCCAUUCCAACUUCAAUACGUAACUGCAAUACCGUAUUAAUUUUUAAAAAAUUUUAUUUAAAUCUUAUAUAACUAGAAAAUGUUGAAACCUGUAAUAUUUAGGCAAAUUAAUGCGGAAUUACGUAAAAUAUUUAUUUCAUCAACAUUUUACCAGAACACAAAUUUUUACAGUAGACAAUAUAGCAGUCAACCAAUUUCAAUGGCUUAUAAUGAAUAUGGAACCGCUGAACAAGAAACCGGCACUCUCCCGCUUAUAAUUAUGCAUGGACUUCUUGGAUCGAAAAACAAUUGGCGGGGUAUGAGUAAAGCACUUUCUUCUAAAUUUAAACCUAGUAGGAAGAUUUACGCAUUAGAUGCUCGUAAUCACGGAGAAAGUCCACACACUAAUGUCCACGAUUAUGAAUCAAUGUCAUCAGAUUUAUCGUUUUUUUUACAAGAAAAAAAUAUUAAAAAAGCGGUGUUGAUGGGACAUUCAAUGGGUGGAAGGGCCAUGAUGUAUUUUGCACUAAAAUAUCCAGAUUUAGUCGACCGAGCUAUUAUAUUAGAUAUUUCACCAAUUGAUGUGCCUAGAGAUUUUUUUCAGAUGAAAAAUCUUUUUAUAGCUAUGGUAACAGCGGAAGUUACUAAAGGAACUCCAUUACCAAAAGCAAGAAGUAUUGUUGAAGCACAUAUCCGAAGCGCCAUAAAAGAUGAUGCUCCAUAUGAUUUUAUUUUGCAAAAUUUAAAAAAGACCGAAGAUGGAUCUAUCAUAUGGGCUCCAAAUGUAAAGCUUUUGUUAGACAAUUUGGAAAUUAUUGGGUCUUUUCCAUCUAAUAUUCUAAAAUCACACCAAUAUAAAGGACCAACUUUGUUUAUUGCAGGAUCAAAAUCCAAUUUUUUAAAUCCUGAUCAUUGGCCAGAAAUACAAUUAACUUUUCCAAAUUCUCAUUUAGUAUGGUUGGAUUGCGGACAUUUGGUACAUUUCGAGCAACCACAACAAUUUAUAGAAAAUGUUUCAAAAUUUAUGAAUGAAUAAUUUUGAUUGUAUUGACUUUUUUUGGAAUCCUUUAGUAAAAUUUUUUAUAAAAAUGUU